AUGCCUGCUAAAGAGGAGAAGCAGCUGGCUAUUAGCUUAGCUCAGCGCAAUUGCCUGUUGAAAGUUUUUGAUGCGCUUGAGCGGUUCAUCCGUGAUUACGGUCAUGAUCGCGACAGUUUCCAGUUGUGUGUGUGGAUAAAUUCACUGAACAAGAUGAACGAAACGUUCGCGGAGUUCCAAUGCCGCACUGGGAAUGAGGAUGAGCACAUUGAUGAACGCGUUGAAUUUGAGCAACGGUACUGCAAGGCAAAGGGUUUCCUUUUCUUGAAGCGCGCCGGGGAUCCUAACCAGUCGGCAUUGAACGAUUCGAUACACGCUCCACAGCAACAUCAAGCAAACUUCCACCUCCGUCUGCCAAAAAUCGACCUACCGAAGUUCAAUGGGGACUUUUCACGUUGGAUUUCGUUCCGGGACACGUUCACAUCGAUGAUCCACGUGAACGGCGAUAUUCCCACAGUCGCCAAGCUCCAAUACCUUCUCCAAUCUCUCGAGGGUAGCGCCAAGAAACCCUUCGAAUCGGUCGAUAUCGCCGCCGAUAGCUACGCUACAACUUGGGACGCUCUUCUGAAGAGGUACGACAACCGGAAAUACCUCAAGAAGCAACUCUUCAAGGCGCUGUACGAGUUGCCCGCAGUGAAGCAGGAGUGUGCAACACGCAUUCACGGUUUGGUCGACGAUUAUCAACGUCAUCUAAAUCACGCCACACUACGCACCUGGGAGGAGAAGACUAGCCACAAGGACGAUGUGAAGUAUGAUGAGCUGGUCGAUUUUCUCUACCAGCGGGUGCGGAUACUCAAUUCCGUCGGGCCAGACAGUUAUCAAUCAGCAUCGUCGAAGGUGGCCGGCUUCCAGCAGAAAAGCUUCAAACAGAAAGUGUCGGCCAAUGCAUCAGCCUCAUCCACUCCCAGCUACUUCUGUUCGGACAGUCAUUCCACCCGAAUAUGUCCGGUGUUUCUUGGGAAGAACGUCAGUCAACGCCGAGCGUUGGCUUCCCAAAAGCGCCUGUGCUGGAACUACCUUAGCGUUGGUCAUCAAUACAAAUCGUGCAAUUCCAAAUACAACUGCCGUACAUGUCAUGAAAAGCACCACUCGCUUCUGCAUGAUUUCACUCCAAUGAAAGUAUCAGCUACGUCAGCAAUCCAAGCAAGCACAACAGAGCCAGCCGUGUCGUUGAAGUGA